CUCCCCUCCUCCCCGCCCCUGGCUCCUUCCUUCCUUCCCUUCUCUAUCAGCGUGGACGACUGAACUGCGGUCUGGGUCACCGUGUGGGCAGGCAGGGCGGGUGGAGGACCAGCCUCCGGAUGCUGAUUUAUCGCCACGGUGGCCGUCGGCCAGGCCCUCGUCAUCUUCGGCUGCAGCCGGGCCCCGCCUGUGUUUAGCGUUCCAUCCCUGAAGGGCAGGGCUGGGGUUUCAUAUUUCAUUUCCCUUGGAAGCUCUUCCCCAAUCCCAGUCACAACUCCAGGGUCUGGCUGCUCGCCGGCCACCGGCAGCCCAGAGAGCAGAGCCCAGGGAGUGAGGGUCGACCGGCCCAGAGAUCGGAAAGCCCAGACAUGAGGACGUGGGUCUUGCUUCCCCUCUGCAGCGUCUUGGCCUUCCCUGGACUGUCGGAGGGCAGGAUCGUCAAGGAGGACGAGAAAGGGUUCGCCGAGUGUAACCGGUUCUUCUAUGAGGGGACCCCGCCUGAAGGAUGGACGGAGCCUUUCCAUGUGAAGAUCUGUCAGAGGUUCGGCCGAGGGGAGCGAUUCGCCACACUCUACAGUACCCGCCACAAGAUCCCUGUUUACUCGGCUUUUCGCUACUCCAAACCUGGGGGCAGCAGGGAGGAGACCUGGAUGAUCGAACCACAGCUAGAUGAUCCACACAGCGACUUGGAGGAAAUGAUGCAGGAAGCCGAGGCGGCUGGCUCCAUCCCCAACCUUGGAAGCCAACAAGCCCUAAAUAAGGACUACCUGGAUUCCGGUUUCCAGAGGGGACAACUGUACCCCAACUCUCUGAACUCCAAUGACUUCCAGGCGGCAACCUUCACCCUCACGAACGCGGCCCCCAUGACCCAGUCCUUCAUGGAGAGGUGGUACCGAAGCGUGGAGAGCAUCGUGGAGCGGGCCCUGACCCCCCAGUGCGGGAACGGGGACCAGCUGUAUUUGAUCGCAGGUGCCGUGCCGGCUGCCGGCCGGGUGGGAGACGCGGUGGCCGUCCCCGAGUUCGCCUGGCUGGCCGCCUGCUGCGGCCUCCCCGGCGGCUGGUCCAUGGGCUUCACCAAGCAGGCGGGCGACGGCGACGUCGUCGAAGACGUGAUGCUGAGGGAUCUGGAGCAGCUGCUCCCCUCACGGCCCCGCCUGUUCCGGAACAACUGCGGGGAGGCCGACCAAGACACGGAGAAGAUGAAGAAGAUCCUGGAGAUGGUGAACCAGGUCCAGGACGAAGAGCGGAGAGGUCAGGCCUACCCCGGCACCCAGCCUCUCUCCACCAUGAGGAGCCUCAAGUCCACACAGGAGCAGUCCGAGCUGCUCCGGGAGGAGGAGGAGGAAGAGGGCCAGGAGGGGCAAGAGGUGGGAAAGGACCCCAGCUUGUUGCGGAAGGGCGCUGGUCUUGUCACCACCCCUUUCGCCAAGGUCUUCCAACUGCUUUAUUACCUCGUAUGGGGAACUGUGAAGAACCUUUUCUCUUGCCUGGAGUACGUGAUCCGGCAGUUACUCAACGCGCUGUGGGGCGGCGUAAACGGCCUGUGCUCCGCCACCCUGUCGUACUUCAUGGCCAUCGGCGAGGAGCUGGUGAGCAUCCCCUGGAAGGUGGUCCAGGUCCUAGUGAGGAUCAUCUGGGGCUUCCUGCACAUCCUCUGCUGUCUGCUGAAAAGCAUCUGCCGAAUCCUGAGCGUCCCGGCCGGAGUCCUGGUGGACAUCGCCAGUUUCCCCGUCUACACCCUGGGCGCCAUCCCGACCGUCGGCAAAGACAUCGCCCUGGGCCUGGGCGGCUCUGUCUCCUUGCUCUGGGACGCCACUUUUGGAGUCUUUGGCGGUCUGCUCCAGGGCCUUCUGAACAUCUGCUCGCGGAUUGGCUACAAGUUUUCUCCUGACAGCUCCGGGGAAUAAAAAAGAGAAGAAAAAUCAAGGUUCAUUCGUGAAAGAAACAAAAGACACCCACGUCCCCAACAGCAGACACUUUUUGCUUUCCAGCGUGUUGACUAUCCGCUCUCACUUCGCAUGGUAUUUUUGGCCUUGGACUCAAAUAGGAGGGAAGGGGAAGCUGAUGUUGGUGAAUGAUCUGUAAUGGUGAAAUGUCGCAUCACGGGAUAGAAGCAAAUCCCCUUUGAUUUUUCAUUGUCUAUGGCCAGGAAAAGGCCGAUGUGUGCUUCGGGGGAGAGUCACCCUAGUAGAUGUUAUGUCGAUUGCUGAAAGCGAAGGAGCCAAUAGUCAGAACCAAAGUGCAGCCUCAGCAUAGGACAGGCAAUUUUUCCUUUCCCCUCCUGCCUAACCCACCUUUAUGGAUUAAACACCAAAGCCCCCUA